AUGAUGGAUCGACCUAGUACUAGUAAACAGUCGAUUGAGAAGGUGGAAAUGUUCGAAGUCCGCGAGCAUGUUCCGUACCAAGCUGAAGUGACGAGGGCGCCCGCUGCGUAUGACGAGGAGAGUGGGGAGUUGUAUGAAUCCUCUUGGAAGUCAGCAUGGACAGCCAUAUGCCAGCUCGUGAAUCUGCUGCAGCAUAUGCAGAUUGCGAUUGUGGUGUUCUCGUUAUGGCGGUAUGCCCUUACUUCGCAGCCAGAUGGAUCGAUCACUAACCUUCAGUUACACAUCGUUUUCGCUGGAACCGGUUACCAACUGUUCCUAGUGGAGUCAGUUUUAACUCUCCACAGACACAACACGUGGUCCUAUCAAUUAAGCAAGGACAGUAAACGUGUUGUCCACGGCUGCCUGCAAAUCCUCGGAGCCCUGUUCGUCCUAGCUGGAACGUUUCUUGGAUUAUCCCAGGUCAACAUGCAGAUUAGCUCACCACACGCCAUUUGCGGUGUUGUGGCUCUAGCGUUCACAAUGAUGAGUUUUAUAUCGGGAAUAAUCGCACUUUUCUCGUCGAAAGUACGAUUACUUCUGAAGAGCAAUCCAGUGAAGAUUUUCCACGUGGCUGUAGGCAUGUUCGCACUUAGCAUGGGGCUGAUUACUAUGAUCUUGGGUUUUAAUAGUGUCCGAUUUUCUACUACGCAGGGUCCACUCGCUACAGCCCUAAUCACAUUUGUGGUAAUAAUUCUCACGUACACUCUAGUACAACCUAUUGUUGACCUUAUUUCGACUACUAGAAAAACUCUAUGA